CGGAAAUCCCGCCGGCCGCUUGGCGAGCGUCAUCUCUGCCCUCCGGAAGCCGGACACCGCCACCGGCGGCCCCGGGGACACCAAGGGCAAGACCUUCGACGGGCGUUCCUUCACCGUGCCGGUGACCCGCGAUUUCCUGGAGACCAUCGGCCGCUUCCCCGUGUCGCAGGGCGGCGGGUGGGGCCGUGCGCCGGACGUCUUCGAGAUCGCCCUCUUCUCGGUGACCGGGCUACUGUCACACGCGUCUGACUAG